AAAACAGGUCCUCAGAUUAUAAUAAAUUUUAUAACUCCAAUAUCUCAUCAGAAGCUUCACUUUCCUGCCUUCUCCAUCUAUUCCCUCUCUGUCUCUCUGGAAAAAGAUUCGCGCACACACGAACAUGCAGAGCUCUGUAUGCCUACGGAACGGAACUAAUUGAAUUACACAAAUGUUCACGAAAGCCUAACCUAGCCGAAUUCCACCCAUUCCGAAAAAACACCUAAAUUUGAAUGGUUAUGAGAGCGAUUUUCCUUUCACCAAUCCAAAAUCAUCGAUUUCUCCAACAAAUAUUUUCAUGGAGGGGCCAAUGGGGCGGAGAUUCUCUGUAGGCUACGCUUUGGCUUCCAAGAAACAGGCAAGCUUCAUCCAAAUCUCUCUCAUAAAUGUCGCCAAGGAGAAGAACAUCGAUCUCAUCAAGAUCGAUUUGGAGAAGCCCUUAAUCGAGCAGGGGCCGUUUGAUUUGCUCCUCCACAAAAUCUACGGCGCGGAGUGGCGGCGGCAGCUCGCCGAGUACUCCGCCAAUAACCCUAACGUCCUGAUUAUCGAUUCACCCGAUGCAAUUGAGCGGCUCCACAAUCGCAUUUCCAUGCUACAGGUGGUCACGGAGUUGGGCGUCUUGGAAUGCGACGAUGCGGUGUCGUUUGGGAUCCCUAAGCAGAUUGCCGCCUACGAUGCUCGGGCGGUGGCGGAGGUGAACUUGGAUGGGGAGGGGCUCAAGUUCCCGGUGAUUGCGAAGCCGCUGGUGGCGGACGGCAGCGCGAAAUCGCACAAAAUGUCGCUGGUUUACAAUCGCGACGGGCUGAGUAAGCUGAAGCCUCCGGUGGUGCUCCAGGAGUUUGUCAAUCACGGUGGGGUUAUAUUCAAGGUGUAUGUCGUGGGGGAGUAUGUGAAAUGUGUGAAGAGGAAGUCGUUGCCGGAUGUGAAUGAGGAGAAUUUGAGGAAUUUGAAGGGUUUGCUGCUGUUCUCGCAGGUUUCGAAUUUGAAUAGUGUGGAGAGGAGUAGGGAUACGUAUUACAAGAUGAUGGAUUUGGAGGAUGGGAAAACGGAGAACCCUCCAAUGAAGUUGCUGGUGGAUAUCGCGAGGGGGCUGAGGAUCGCGAUGGGGUUGCAUUUGUUCAACUUUGAUGUGAUUAGGGAUACUAGGAUUGGGAAUAGAUACCUUGUGAUCGACAUUAACUACUUCCCCGGUUAUGCUAAGAUGCCUAGCUAUGAGCAUGUUUUGACAGACUUCUUUUGGAAUGUGUUGAAUAAGGACAAGAAAGAUGGUUUAAGCAAGGGUAGCCAUGAGAAGGAAGUUAGGAGGUUGGUGAGUAAUGCUGGUUGUGAUGAGGAUGACGGAGCCAAGAAUCUUCCCAUCUCACCAUUGAAGAAGCACGAAGGAAACGAGAACCCUAUUGAAGUUUAGGGAGUUCCAUGGUUGGUGUAGGAUAGGAUGUUAUCGUAUCACACACCUUGGGCACAAGAUUCUGCUCAUUCUCUUGUUUGACAUGUUUAUUGCGUGUCGCACAGGAUCAGGCUAGAUAGGGGAUUUAGAAUACUAGUUAAAUAAGUAUAUUUCUUUGCUUCCGAUGUGCUGGAAAACCGGCAUCAAGUGGUGUGCUUUCUUGCUCAUGUAUAUUUCAGUUGCUGAGGCAGAGAGGGACAGGACCAGUGUAGAUCGGAAUGUAGCUAGAUGCUGGUUCAUGUUAUAACUUGUUAUCCAAUGAAAGAAAGUUAGGGAGACACCUCUGUCUUUGGUUGCACUUGAUUAAUUAAGAGCAUAUGGGCUGGGCAGGUGAGGCGCUCAAGUAGUGAUGCUGAUGAGGCGCUGAAGUAGUGAUGCUUCGGUUUACUGCAAUAUUCUAUUUGAUGAUCGUUGACAUGUGUAUUAUUUUUAAAGUCUCGUGUGAUAUAGUUUAUCAACACUCAACUGUUUCCUCAAAAAAAAUAAUAAACACUCAACUGGCUAAGAUUAAAUCUAAAUAUUCUUUUACAUCGCUUUUCA